AUGCUGCCUAAUAACGUGCCAUUUCGUCAGGUGACAGACACUCAUCUCUCAAACAUCAUAGUUGGCAGAGCAGUGAAACAUACAUUCGUGGGCACAAAUGGCUCUAAUGAUGACUGGAAGGGGAUGGUCCUAGAGGAAGUGCCAAUCAUGAAGAUUUUGGUCUAUAUUACCUAUAAGAAAGAGCCGGUCUUGUAUAUUUACCACCUCCUUGAUGACUACCUUGAAGGCAACCUCCACAUCAUGCCAGGCUCUAAGGAGGAGUGGAGUGGGGUGGUCCCAGGUGAGGUGCAGACCAUGACGACCUGUUUCUACAUUGUCGACGAGAAAGAUCCAGUCCUGUACCUUUACCACCAUCUUGAUGACUAUAUUGAAGGCAACCUCCACAUCAUGCCAGAAUGUCCUCCAGUAGAGGUGACUUUGGAAUUAGGCAGGGAUUCCUUGGCAGGCAAAAGUGUGCAGUACAACAAAAAAGAUGGAACCCAAGAGAGAGGUAAAAUUAUUUACCAAGUUCCCACCAAACCUUCCGUGUAUUUCAUCAAGUUUGAUAAUAACUUCCAUAUCUGA